AUGGCUCGCACUCGACACAACACUUCUGCUAGCCUCAGACAUGGUCCUCAAGCACCAAUUGAAGAUGCACAACAUCAAUCCCAGACACCUGAAGCUCUGAACUCCAACACCAAUGGUGGACACAACUCAGCUUCAAAUCGAUUCACUCCCCUGGACAAUCUUGAUCAUUCUCCCCUUGAAGAUGCCAACAAUCCGUAUUUCUUGGGUAAUGGUGAUCAUCUGGGACUCAUUCUUGCCUCACCUCCAUUAACAGACAAGAACUUUCAACAAUGGCAUCAGAACUUCAUGAUAUCGAUUGGAGCAAAGAAUAAAUUUGAUUUCCUCAAUGGAUCUCUUCCCCAGCCUUCCCCCAAUGAUCCCCAUUUCAAUUCCUGGCAACGCUGCAAUCAAAUGAUCAUGUCUUGGAUCAUUCAUUCGGUCUCCCCAUAUAUCAAGAGUAGUAUUAUGUUCUUGAACUCUGCCACUGCUAUGUGGGUCGAACUAAACAACCGAUUUAAUCAGGGAAAUGGGCCACGACUUUUUGAGCUUCGACAAACCCUCAUUCGUCUCCAUCAAGGUGAUGAUUCAGUCAGCUCAUAUUUCACCAAACUGAAGGCUAUAUGGGAUGAAAUAAACGAAAUCUGUCCAAGAACUCCUUGCACAUGUGCUUCUACUGCCGAUAAUCUUGAUUCUCACAAUCAAGAACAGGUUUUACAAUUUCUUACUGGUCUUAAUGAAUCAUAUCAUGUUGUUAGGGCUCAAGUUUUGUUGAUUGACCCAUUACCUUCCUUGUCCAAAGUUUUUUCUAUGAUUAUCCUAGAGGAAAGACAAAGGAAUCUUGGUCCUUCUACAACUCCAAAUAUUAUUGCUACCUCUACCUCAAAUCAGAUACUUGUUCAGUAUUCCCCAACAAACCGGAAUCCUAACCCCCCUCCCCCAAACCACCUUCCACCCCGUGCUAAGAAACUUCGCCCCACCUGCACCCAUUGCCAAAAACCAGGACAUCUUAAAGAGAAAUGCUAUUUCAUUCAUGUCUUUCAACCUAGUUAUGGUUCUCAAAGGAAACUAGACACUUCUUAA